AUGGCGGCUGAGGCGGAGCUGGCGCUGGAGAUGGCGGCUGAGGCGGAGGAGCACGAGCAGGAGGAGGCGGAGCAGGAGCAGGAGGCGGCCCACGCGGAGGUGCUGGCGCUGUGGCAGGCCGGGCUGGCGCGCCUCGUCCGGGACCCGCUACUCUGCGACCUCCCGGCCCAGGUGACCCCCGAGGAGAUCGGCUCGCAGGUGGCGCUCGAGUACGGCCAGGCCAUGACGGUGCGCGUGCGCAGAGCCGACGCCCCCGAGGACCCCAUGCCUGUGGUGGUGGUGCAGAACGCCAGCGUCUUGGACUUGAAGAAAGCCAUCCAGCGCUUUGUGCAGCUGAAGCAGGAGCGGGAAGGGGGCAUCCAGCACAUCAGCUGGAGGUACGUGUGGAGGACGUACUGCUUAACCUUCGGUGGAGAGAAGCUGACGGAUGACGGGAAGAAGCUGAGAGAGUACGGCAUCCGAAACCGGGAUGAAGUGAACUUCAUCAAGAGGCUCCGGAAAUGACCUGCCAGGUGGCGCCCUGACGGAGCCCAGCCCAGAUGUGUUCCUGAAUGGGUAGAGGCCGCCUCCUGGAAGCCCUUCCUCCAUAGUGGCAGAGGGGGAGCACUGUAGGCCUGUUCUGCACAGCCAGGACCACCGCGAUCCUUGCAGAACUGGAUGCAGCGGACCCGGGGUGGACAUCUGCCUGCCCAUCCGCCCUUGAACUGCCCCAGCCCUGCGCUAGCAGAGGCAGCUGUCUCUCUCUCCCUCUGCGAUUGGAGAUGUGGGUGAACUGAAAGGAUUUGGUGGGUGUGGGAGCAACAGGCUGCUGGGUAGCAGGACCUUGGAAGCAGAUGCCCGGUGUGCGGCCAGAACACGCCAGGCGGCCUGAGCAACUGGAUUCACAAUAAAGUGUCGGGGUUGACGAGA